AUGGGUGCAUUGAUGGGAAGUGGUGUCGGAUUGACCAUAGGCUUCAUCUUUGGUUCAUAUAGCAUCCUGAGAGGGGGAGCAGGUCCACGAGGAGCACUCUCGACACUGUCGCAAUACAUGCUUAGCAGUGCUGCUACGUUUUCUUUCUUCCUGGCUAUUGGCUCGGUCAUUCGCACGGACACAUUAAUUCCACCCCACCUUCAAGCCGUCCAGAUGCAGUUAACGCCUGCAAUGGUCCUGAGGUCGAGAAUAGACGGCGCGAGGCUAGUGCGCGAAAGAUGGGAGGCAGAAAGGAAGCGCGAAGCUUGA